AUGACUAUCGCCCCAACCACCCUGUCUACUCUCCUCGUCGUUGUCAUCGUCGUCGUGCCGACUCUAAACCUUCUGUUGUUAGUCCGGCCCUCCGCCGCCGCCGCCGCCGCCGACCGGAGAAUUCUGCACCAGCCGCUCUUUCCGAUUGAGUGGACUCCGCCUCCGCCCGAGAACCGGCAGGUUCCCCCUGCGACCUACGGCCAACCAUCGUCCCCCACCGUGCCCUCCCAGCUGGUGCCCACCAUCGCCGCCAAUCCCUCGUCCCACACCCCCCGCCGGCUCUCCGGCGCCGCCUGGAAGAUCGUCGUCGGGGUCUCCGUCGCGGUUGCUGCGGUGGCUGUUCUGUCUCUCUCCGCUUUCUUCUUGUACACGCGCAAAGCUCGCCCCCCAGACGGGAGCAAGAUGUUGGCCGGAGAGGGAGACCACAACUCCGAUGUACCGCCUCCGGCGGUCUGUGCGGCCGUGGCCUCCGACCCCUUCUACCUCGGCACUUUUGAGCCUUCUCCCAGGAGGGGAUCCAUGGAAGUUAAUGGCUCUCCUUACCUGAGGUUGAAGACGGAACAGCAGCCGAGCCCACAGCUCCAGCCCCUUCCGUCAGUCGACCCUACUUCGUCUGGUACCGAAGUCUUCCGCGCGCAGCGGCGAUCAACGACUUCGAUCGCGAUCGACAGUCCCUGGGACACGUCAUUCCGGAAAAGUCAGAAGGAGCUCGAGGACUGCAGAGUGGAGUCUGCUCCUUGUUCCCCGUUAACCUCCUCAGGAAAGCGUCUUUCAAGUUACACUCCGUGCGAAGUAAAACGUGUCUUUCUACCGCCUUCACGGCCACCACCACCUCCGCCGCCGCCGCCGCUGCUGUCACCCUGCCCCUCACGUCCACCCCCACCAUUGCCAGCACGACAUGCAGAUUGUGAUGUCCCAUCUUCGGAAGAACCUUCUACACCAGCGCCUGCUCGCCGACCAUUUCGGCGUCAGUGGUCGAAACCAGCUUCUCCGGCCGACGUACCAAUUCCUCGGCCUCCUCCACCGCCUCCAUUGCCAACAAGGUCAUCUCCAUCGCCACCACAGCCUCCAAUGCCAGGAGGGCAAGCAGGCGAUCGGCACAGCGACGUCCCGCCUUCAGAAGCAGCUUCUUUACCAGCUCCUGCUCGACCAUCAGCCAGGCGAAGGUGGGCGAAACCAACUUCUCCAAACGACAUACUAGUUCCUGUUGCAGAGACCGAGAGUAAUGGCGACGCCAGGGCUUCUACCCAGGAUGGUGACCGAGGAGAUGAUGACGUGGGUAACAGUCGGAAGCCCAGCUUAAAGUCUCUCCAUUGGGACAAGGUGCGUACGACUUCUGAUCGAGCAAUGAUCUGGGACAAGCUCAAAUCUAGCUCAUUCCAGUAAGCGCCGUAGCUCUAAUCAACAUCUUUCACCGCUCGAUCUCUUCCAGCAUCUGAUGCUUUCAUAAAUCGUUCACUCCUUCCUCAGAUUGAACGAAGAAGCGUUUGAGACCUUAUUCUGCAACUCCGCGAGCGUUGCUUCAGGAGAGGGAAACAGAGGACGCGCUCGGCCGUCGCCUAAACAAGAGAACAGAUUGCUGGACCCUAAGAAAUCCCAGAACAUGGAAAUACUCCUGAAGGCCUUCAAUGUGACAGGAGAAGAGGUCUCCGAGGCCCUGUUAGAUGGUGAGCUCUCUGAUACUUUACCCACCUACUGAGCUUGGGUUCACCUGCACCGUCCUACCUUCUUCAUCCUAUGUCCUCUGGAUUUCGACCAUCGUCCUGGGUUCUUCUCCGCCUGAUCAGAAAUCACUUCUCUGGUUCUUCUCCCUCUUGAAGGUCAUUUACCCUUAGAAGCUGACACGAAGGUGUUCUUCUAGGAUAACCGCUGGCAUGUUUCUAUAUGCAUUCGAGAGACAAAUACUCUAAAAAAAAUAUAAGCUAAGCAUCCCCAUUGAGAUCAGAUCUUAAGGAUUAUGGAGCGGGCACCGACCCAUAGAUGGAGAAGCUGUGGGGGAGUUGGUGGAUUUAUUUAUCUUGGUUAAAGUUUGGUGAGAACGGUUAAAGUUUGGUUAUGUGGAAUAUUUUAUUUUAUAUUUUCACUUGGCAUCAAUUUUUUGUGGUUAGUAAAUAUAAGUAAAUAUAUUACUAAUCUCCAAUGGGUCAAGAUGUAUGGAACUGUAUCGUGCAAAGUUCUCAUCAUCCUGUCAUAAGGACUCUGAAACAAGCUGUGAACAUUUCGGCGACUGUAUCCUACGAACUAACAGGAAUCAAUGCACGAAAGAUCCAGCCAGGCGUCGUUUCAUUUAGUAUAGAUUACAAGAGCCUUAUACAUUCACGCGGCAAUUCCUACGUUCAGUAAAGAAAGUCUUCAAUUCCAUUUUAAAGGAUGAAUUCUUGAUCGAGCACUAUGCCGACUGAACUGAUUCGGCCAAAGAUUUCUAAAACAAUAUGCAGUUGCUACCGUGAAUUGACUCUUCCUUGGAUUUUCAUUGAUAAAAUGCAAGAAGGAAGCUAGUCUGGAAUUUAUUGAAGUCUUUUUUUUUUAAUGAAUAUUGAAUCUCUCAUUGUCCCUGAUUUAUUGGUGGAGAAUCCUAAUAUCUGAAAGUUAUUUUUUGAAGAGCCAUACUAUGAUUCUAAUUUGAUCAUUUUUUUUAAUCGAUGCGUAUUACAACCUUGUUGACGAUCUACUUACUACCAGUAGUUGAAUCCCUGCUGAACGUGAAACUAGAUGCCACAGAAAUCUUAGCCGAAUUAUUCGUCUGCUCAGGAAUUUAUCUCAUAAAUUGUAAUUAAUUAUAAAUUCAGAGUUCAAAUUUUUUAAGGUAAUCUGUCGUGCGUUCAUGAUCCAUCAACUCUGCAUGAACAGGCAAUCCCGAAGAACUGGGUGUUGAACUCCUGGAAGCAUUGAUGAAGAUGGAGCCAACCGAGCAGGAAGAACUGGCAUUAAGAAACUACGCCGGGGAUCCAUCAAAGCUUGGCUCUGCAGAGCGCUUCCUGAAGGCUUUGCUGUACAUACCGCACGCGUACCGAAGAAUCGAUGCCAUGCUGUACAGAUCAAACUUCGAGUCGGAGGUGAAGUAUCUGAGGGAAUCUUUUGAAUCUUUAGAGGUAAAUUGUUUUCUGUACAGAAACAGCGUAUUUUAAUCUACUGUUUCUUGUCCGAACAUUGAAAUUAUUCCGCGAUUUCUCUUUUCUUCAGGUAGCAUGCGAAGAGCUGAAGAAAAGCAGUCUGCUACUGAAACUCCUGGAUGCUGUUCUCAGAACGGGGAACCGGAUGAAUGUGGGCACUGCCAGGGGUCAGGCAAGAGCCUUCAAGCUCGACACCCUUCUGAAAUUGGCCGACGUCAAAGGGGCAGACCGCACGAUGACGCUCCUACAUUUCGUGGUCCGGGAGAUUAUUCGAUCGGAAUGCGAAACUCCGAAUGGUAGCUGGAAAAGGGACGAUGAAGGCCUGAAACUGGUGGUGGGGCUGGGCAAGGAGCUGGGCAACGUCAAGAAGGCCGCUGGAAUGGACUCGGAUGUCCUCGGCAGGUAUCUCUCGAAUCUUGAGCAGGGCCUGGAGAAGAUUAGAAUGGCCUUGCAGCUCGUAGGAGCGGGUCCUCGGGCAAAGUUCUCGGAGGCGAUGGAGGCGUUCCAGAAGAACGCAGAGGAAGAGAUCGCGCGGAUCAAGGCCGCGGAAAAGAGGGCACUCACCCUCGUGAGAGAGGUCACCGAGUACUUCCAUGGGGAUGCCGCGGAGGAGGAGGCCCAUCCUCUGAGAAUCUUCUCGGUGGUUGGGGACUUCCUCUCGCUGUUGGAGCGCGUCUGCAAGGAAGUGGAGAAGACGCGUCUGCCGGGGAGGACCAUCAUCGGGUCCGCCCAGCCAUUCCGGAUGCCGCCGGCCCUAGACAGACCUGUCGACGGGAAAGACGAUAGCUCAAACGAGGAGAGCCCGUCUUCCUGA